UUCUUUUUUUGCCACAUACCAUCCGACUUUAGAAUGAACUCCCCUCCACGGUGUUUUCUAAGCGCUAUGAUAUGUCCUUCUUCAAACGAGGCUUGCGGAGAUUACUUAAUGGUAAGCAGCGGAAUGGCUCUGCCCCUGACAUUGCUGACGUCCAUGAGCGACGGUGACCACUUACGAUUAGGUGGGCCAUAUGCUCGUCUGCCUACAAAGGCAAUAAAAAAAUAAAUAAAAAAUAACAACUGUUAUAACAAUAUAGUCACAUGAACUGUUGUGACUAAUUAUUAUCACAACCGUGUAAUAUCCAUGUUUAAAUGUGCAUUUUUUAUAUGUUGACCUAAAGGUCUUAGUUACUAAGUCAUAAAAUCCUAUAACAAAAAGCAUUUUUGAUAUUUUGUAAAGUUUGUAACAGCGUUGCCAAAUGUACGGCAAUUGCCGUUUCGUACGGCAAUCACGCUUCUAAAAGACAAAUUGUACGGCAUACGGCAGAGUGGUCAUUGCCGUAUUCUAAAAUACGGCAACAAGAACAUUUUUUUUAAUUCCUUUUUAGUGCCAUACACCUAUUAGGUUAAGUCGGCUAACAAGAGCAUAAAGUUAAAAAACAAUUAAUGUAUCCAAAGAGAUUACAGAACGUGGAUACUUUUAGCGUAAACAUGAACACAUCCAACUUUUAUAAUAGACAAUGUUUCAUGUUUGGUACGAGGAAUUCCCUAUAAUCUACAACGCCUGCUCUUUAAAUCCUCUCCUCAAGUCGCCUCGCCGCCUCGCUCUUGUUUCAUUGCUUGUGCUAGCAAGUGUAGCUUAAUUUUAACUUUUGAAAAAGAGCAGUGUAGCGAUACGUGAGAUAGUGAUUAAAAUGUGUAUAAAAAAGAAUCUUCAAUGCAGUAAACCUAAUCAAAACAAAACAAAGAAACCGCCUCUUAACAUAUACCAUAAAUUGAACUUUAUUACCAAAACAGUGCAUUGUCAGAAAGCAUUCAAACUGUGCGAACUUUAAGCCAACCCCCGAAAUGAAUAAUAAAAGGAAAAAACCAUCAAAUUACGAAAAAAAUUAGAUUAUUGAAACUGAACUUACUUUAGGCAAUAAUACAAAUUUGAUGGGAAGAGAGGAGUGAAAAAUAUAUACUGUUUUAAUUUCUAGUAUAAAAUAAAUAAUAAAAUACUUUUAAUUGAAAUUUGAAAUUUUGAAUUACUUUGUACGGCAAUUUUUAUUUAAAUACGGUAGAUUUUUUUCUCCAGUACGGCAACCCAAUGUUUGCCCAGCGGCAACACUGGUUUGUAAGACUUUUUGGCGGGAGCGCGAGGAUUGAAGUUGUGUGAUUUGUUUUACGCCAUAAACCUAAGAGAUAGAUAAAUUUGUUUUAUUUUGUCUAUUUAGUGUUUCUUCGGGUUUAAAUGUGUAAUAAUGGUGGUUUAUUAACAGUUUAAUAUCUGUGAAAGUGCACAAAUGUGCACAUGAACAUUAAAUAAAGCCGCUGGACGUAACUUCUCUGGAUCCUCCAAAAAGUCACUGAAAGUCUCAGUAAAUGACCACCAUUUUACUGAGAUUAUAUUUCAUUCCAUAUCAUCUCAUCUCAUUUCAUAUGAUUACAUUUCAUAAUAUAAUUUUUCAUAUAAAAAAAUUAUAAAUAAAUGGUUAGGCUGUAUGGUAUGAUAUCUUUGCCUUUCCAAUUGGAAAAAUAAAACUACUACUAGUUUUUUUGUCAAAAACUAACAGAAUUGAAUACGGUAUAUACCGAUCAUAAUAAUUAAAAAAUAAUAUUACCCAAACAGUCAUUGUAAAAAGUAACAGAAUGAACAUUUCUGAGCUUCCUGGUGAUGACGAUUCAGGGCCUACCUGCAGAACAUACGUCUUCCGAAAUGAAAGCCAUACAUUAGGGAAUUCAUUAAAAUGUAUUAUAAACAAAUAUGAUGAUGUUGAAUUCUGUGGAUAUACUGUUCCACACCCAGCAGAAUCAAAAAUGCAUUUUAGGAUACAAGCCAGAGAAACACCUGCAUUGGAAGUUCUAAAAAGAGGUCUGAAAGAUCUAGAAAUGGUGUGUGAUCACACCAUAAAUUUAUUUGACAAAGAAGUGAAAAGAUUUAAUAAAGUAUAGAAUGCAAAAAACAUUAUUUGAAUCUAUGCAAUGGCUGUUCUCACAUCUGGAGCCCUGUACAGAACUUAAAAGCUUUUCAAAGUCACUUUCCUUGACUGAUCCUUGAACAUCUUCAAAUUUUGUGCUCUUCUGUAAAAAAGGCAACCAGUGCUUCUUUGGGCAACCAAAGAUGUGCCACAGGACUGUACGACACUUGCAAUAUCAGGACUGUCAGUUAUCUCAAAUUAAAUUUGUUAUAUCUACAGGCUUUGGCAACUGCUUAACACCAAGUGGACCAUGAGCCCAUGUAUGCAAUAAAAAAUCCAGUUAUCCAAUGUAAAUUGGAUAUUUUUGCUGGAUACAUUACUGUAAUGUAAUAUUUUUUAUUUACAACUGCAGUAGCUACUCAUGUCAAACUUUUGUUCAGUGUCAAUAGUGUCAAUUGCAUUAUACAGUUCUACAGUUGAAAACUGAAGAUUACAUUGCAACAGAAAUGUGAAGGUAAUGACUGGAAAGGGAAUCUGUGAGAGCUUAAAGUAUGUCCAAUCAGUAAAAAUGUUCAGUAGGUGAUCAAAUUUAAAUGACUAUCAGGCAUUUGUCAGGAAAAUAGGAAGACUACUUUUGAUAUCGAUUUUAUAUAUACCUAUUGACAAUUGAAAUAUUAGCUAAGCUAAGCUGUCGAAGUCGUGGCCUAAAGGAUAAGACGUACAGUGCAUUCGUGUUGAGCGAUGCACCUGUGUACAGAUCCCAGGCGAGUACUAAUUUUUCUACGAAAUCGUACUCAUCAAAUAUUCACGAUUGACUUCCACAAUUAAGGAAUAACAUCGUGUAAUAAAAAUUUAAACCCGCAAAUUUAUAAUUUGCGUAUUAACUGGUGGUAGGACCUCUUGUGAGUCCGCGCGAGUAGGUACCACUCCCCUGCCUAAUUCUGCCGUGAUGAAGUAGUAAUGCGUUUCGGUGUUUUGAAGGGUGGGGCAGCCGCUGUAACCAUACAGAGAUCUUAGAAGUUAUAUCUCAAGGUGGGUGGCGCAUUUACGUCGUAGAUGUCUGGGCUCCAGUAACCACUUAACACCAGGUGGGCUCGUUGACCCAUCUAAGCUAAUAAAUAAAAAAAUCUUGAAGACUCAACUUUGAAAGAAAUUCAAAGCUAAAAUGACAUUAUUAUUUUUUAGGGUACUUAUUAUUAGUACUUUAUUUAAUUUAUUUCAAUAUAUUAAAUAGUUUUAAGCUAAUUUUAUAGUUUGCAAGUGAAGUUUAUAUCUUUUUAAGCUUAUUAAUCAAUAAAAAUCACAAGACAUGUCCAGCAGCAGAUGUCUCUGUGCUAACAAAAUAGAAAAAAGAAAAUAUUAAUCAAUAAAAGUACAAAGUAAGACAAAUUCUUUUAUUCAGUUGUUAUACAAUGACUGUCUUAGACUUUGAACUCUGAGUAUGGAGACUUAGUCAGCGGGAUAUCCCUCCACAAGUCAGGAGUGAGGUAGGCAUAUGUCUUGGCAAUGGCAGCGUAUGUGGCUUUAGCAAAAUUUCCCAAGGUGCCAGUUGAACCACGAGCUGACGUGUAGCAAUCCUGUACACCAGCCAUCUGAAGAAGCUUCUUAGGAACUGGCGCAGACACAAUACCAGUACCACGAGGGGCAGGAAUCAGCCGGACUGUUACGGAACCACACUUGCCGGUGACCU